AUGAAUGAUCAUCUUCGGUUGGAGAGGUUCCUUUCCAUCAUCAAAAAGGAUAAUGAAAUGGAUCCACGCGAAGCUGAAGAAAGGCGCGCUUUGAUUCGUCAAAACAAGAAACUCCUUAAUCAGCUCUACGAGUCGGCGAAGAAGAUCGAGACUCUGGAACUCACGAAAUUGGAGAUGAAGGAACAGCUGGAACUGCUCGACUUUCAGAUGAUUGAGGAGGAAUUGCGGCGUCAGCCGAUUUGUGAGAACAGCGAAACCCAGACAGAGGAGGACGCCGAUUCGGGUCCGUCGGUGGUUGCCUUGGCGCGUGCAGAGACCGCCGCCGCUCUCUCUGAAUUGGCCAAUCAGCAGGCGGAGAGCGCGGCCUUGGCGGCAAGAUACCGUCAUUUGGAGAAUUUGGUGCGCGAUCUGCGUCGCGACAAUGCGGAGCUGCGGGAACAGGUCGCGCGCAACGAGGACGACUCAGAGAACUCGCUGGCUGAGAGUGAUAAGCACACCAGGGGACAGGCACUGCAGGUGGGUGUUGGCGGGAGUGGUGAUUGUGCGGAGCUUCAGCGACUGCAGGACAGGCUACGAAGAGCCUGUGGCCUUCCAGAGGGUGCUGGUGAUGUUGAACUGGAAGAUGGCUGCCUCCUUCUUAAUUCACCUGUCGUCCAACAGUUGGCAGUGGAACUAGAGGUUGUCAGCGACCCGGUCACAGAAGACACCUUACUCACAGCCAUUCGCAAUCUGAAGAGGGUGAGAAAUUCACUACUCCUCACUGGGUCUCGGACAAGCAUUAAAAGCGAUCAAACUCGGGACACCAAUUCGCCCGAAUACUACUCACUACAAUUCAGCCACCUGCAGAGCACAAAAGAGUCCGAUGGCCUGCGUGCCCAAUUGGCCAUCUGCGAGAAACGUCGAGUUGACCUUGAGAAACGCGUUCAGGAACUCACCUCGGACUUGUCACACGCACAAGCCGAGUACCGCGCCAAUGAGGCCGCGCUCACAGCCUCGCGACGCAACGAGGCGGCUCUCAGACGACGCCUCCUCGCAACCAUGGACACGGGCUCGACCAAUCAACGCGGCAGACCCGUUUGUUCCGUGGAUUUUGUCUUGACGUCGGGAACAUCUCCGCCGCUUAAGGAGGACCUCGAUGCGCAGACGAAGGUUAUUCGGCUAGAGGCUGCGAACGCGGCGCUAACGGAGGCAAGCCAUCUGGAUCGUGCGCGGUUGCAGGAUCAGGCCACGAGGAUCGCCCAGCUUGAAGCGGAGCAGCGAACUCUCCACGACAGAAUGGCCAGCCUCCAGGCGUCUGAGUCGUGUGCUCAGCGAGCUAGUGUGAGGCUGCAGGCUCUGUAUGAAGACAUGCUGAGGGAGUUCUCGGAAGCAUCGACGCAAGACGCGAGCUCAGCAGCAAGACGCCGACAGCGACAGACAACGGAUCCACGUGGAUACGAAACGGACACCGCUGUUGUCGUCAACUCGAAUCGUCACUCAGCUGAUGACGCCGCAAUGUUAAAGCCUUGCGGCUCCAAGGCCUGCGCUGAGAUGCGCGCGGUCCUUGCCACUCUGCAGGAGCGCUUCGUUCGCGCCGCCGAGCAACUCACAGAAGCCGAAACUCUGCUCGCGGAAGUGGAGGGAGGCCACGGCGGGGACCCCUCGCGGUCCCCCCAUGCACCUCGCGCGUGCCCCCACCUCUUCGCGGCUUUGCGCUUUGCCGUGGAAUGCGAUCGAUCAUGUGAGGCCGGUACACCGACAGCGGGUCUCCUUAAUCGAUUAGAGCGGUGGAUUAACGCCCAGCUAACUCGUCGUCGGACAAUUGAGGCGGAGUUGAGGCAGCGAUGUGUGGAUCUACAAGUCGCGCUGUCUAAAACGUCGUUUUCUCCGAAUGACGCCAAAGUUCUAGAGGCGAGCCUGGAAGCUCAGAACAGCGAGUUGGCAGACUUGCAUCGGAAACUGGAAAUCCUGCAUGACGAACUGGAAGCCAUCAAAGGUGUUUGCGAGGUUCAGGUAAGCCGCAAGGAGCGCUCACCCUAG